CACGUUUUCAUGAAGCACAACCUGAUCGAAGAAUUCCACCUUGACCAAGUGAAAUUUGUCAACUUCCUCCGGACGAUCGAGAGUGGACACUCAGACAACCCUUAUCACAAUGCGACACACGUUGCUGACGUCGUUCAGUCAAUGCAUUGCCUGCUUGUGAAAGGCGGCGUAGGAAAAUUUGUAGGCAAACUUGAGAUACUUGCUGGACUUCUGGCAAGUUGCAUCCAUGACUUCGAGCAUCGAGGAUUCAACAAUGACUUCCUGGUCAAGACGCAAGAUGACUGGGCGAUAGACAGCAACGACAAGUCGCCCAAUGAAAGUCAUCACCUCUCUUCUAGUUUCCGAAUCCUCCGGCAACCAGAGUGUAAUUUCCUCCACCAAAUGCCGCAAGCUCAACAGGCGCACCUGAGAAAGCUGGUCAUCGACAUGGUCAUGGCCACUGACAUGGGCGAGCACAUGGCGAUUGUCUCGAAACUCAAAUCAGAUCUGCAGAAACGACUCGAAAACCCUGAUGAUGACAUCGGGAGUGACCCGCCCGAUGCGCUCAAGACCCUCAUCUUGCAGGGCGCCAUCAAAGUUGCGGACAUUGGGCAUCUGUACGCGGACCACGAGGUUCACAUCCAGUGGUCGGAGCGACUGGAAGAGGAGAUGUGGCGACAGGGAGACGUCGAGAAGCAGCGGGAGAUGAAGGCAGAGCGUGCAGAUCAGGAGCGAUGGAUCUCCUUCCUCAUGGACCGAGAGAAACCCGGAGUGACCAAGUCUCAGCCUGGGUUCGUAGACUUUGUUGUCCGCCCGCUCUUCGACACCUGGUGUGCUUGCUUCCCCGAGAGCAAAGUCUUGCUCGAACGAAUCGACCGCAACUACGAAUAUUGGAAAUCCAAAGAGAAGGAGCAUCAUGACAACAAGGCCUGAAGUCCUAUCCUCUAAGGAUAUUCACAGACGUGCCGCAUGCUUGGAUGGUGUAUAUGCAGGGGAAGGAGUAUUCUUUAAAGACAAGUUCAUGCG